CCAUGAUGCUUUGCCGGCAGACAAGUAUAGCGAAGAUCUCGAAUGCUGCUAGUACAAGAAUGUGUAAUGCCGGCUAAAAACUCCGCAAUAAGUUCUUAACCUGUGUACCCAGAGUGCCAGCAAGGAUGUCUUCUGUGUGUUCUAAUUGUGGUGGUAGCGACAUCGACCUUGAUCCGUCGCGGGGCGACGCGGUGUGUAUGGGGUGUGGGUCUGUGCUAGAAGACAACAUUAUCGUAUCCGAGGUUCAGUUUCAGGAAAAUUCUCUUGGAGGAACGAGUGCUAUCGGCCAAUUUGUUUCGUCUGAAGGAAACAAAGCUGGUAUUGGUCUAGGUACUGGUUUCCGCCAUGGACUUGCACAAGAAUCAAGAGCCAUCACACUAGAAAAUGGUCGUAAGAGAAUUAACCAGCUAGGGCACCAACUGCAGAUGAAUCAGCAUUGUAUUGAUACAGCAUACAACUUCUACAAACUUGCUGUGAACAAGAGACUGACGAGGGGCCGGCGCACUGCCCAUGUCGUUGCAGCAUGUUUGUACCUGGUUUGCCGAACAGAGAGGACUCCUCAUAUGUUGCUGGAUUUCAGUGAUAUUUUGCAGAUUGAUGUGUUUACUCUUGGAAGAGCAUAUCUCAAGCUUGCACAGGAGUUGUACAUUAACCUCCCGGCAAUAGAUCCCUGCCUCUACAUCCAUCGCUUCGCCCACAAGCUUGAGCUUGGAGAGAAAGAACAUGACGUUGCUGUCACAGCACUGAGGCUUGUAUCCCGGAUGAAAAGAGACUGGAUUCAUCAUGGCCGAAGGCCGUCUGGGCUGUGUGGUGCAGCUCUUCUGGUAGCAUCACGACUUCACAGCUUUAACCGGUCUGUCCGGGAAGUGGUCAAAGUCGUCCGAAUCAGUGACACCACCAUCCGUAAGCGACUAGGCGAGUUCAAGGACACGCCGUCCAGUCAACUGACCAUCGACGAGUUCCAUAAGAUAGACCUGGAGGAAGAGCAAGACCCGCCAUGCUUUACGCAUGCCAGGAAGAAGGCUAAGCAACAAGCCGAGGACGUGGUCAACCCAGAGAUCACGCAAGAGGUCGAGAAAUUCCGCACUGAGAUUGAUAACAUUCUGGGGAUUCGGCAAGAAAUCCGCAACCAAGACAACACCGAGAAAGCCAUGUCUCCGAGUGAUCAGAGGGCAGGUGGAGUGUCGCCUGCAAGUGUUGCUUGCAGUUCUGCGGAUGUUGCGGCUAGCGUAUCGGGGAGUUCUACUAGGGGGGAUUGUUUUGCGAGUUAUGACAUGACUCAAGAUGAAGAGGGGGAGGAGUCAGGAGAGGAAUUAGACCUAACGGGAUUGGAUGACGUGGAGUUGGACAAGUGUCUGCUGACGGAGGACGAAAUCAAGGUGAAAACAAAGAUUUGGAUGGAGGAAAAUAAGGAAUACCUCGAAAAGAUGAAAGAAAAAGAAGAGCAAGAGGCGCAGGACAGAGAACAAGGAAUCGUCAAGCCGGAGAAGAAGAAACGCAAGUACAAGUCGAAGAACAAGCAGCCCGCAUCGACUGCAGGUGAAGCGAUCGAGAAGAUGCUUGUUGAACGAAAGAUCUCAAGCAAGAUCAACUACGAGGUCCUGCGAGACCUGGAAACGUGCCAGUCCAGUAAACCCACCGAACCGGUUGAACCCGCUGAGCCAGUUGAACAAGUAACUCCUGUGCAGCCCGAGCCACCCUCAUCCGUCAAAUCAGAAUUUCUCAAGCCGAGUAUUCCUAUUCGAUCAGGGGGGAGAAAGAGGCAAUCUUUGGCGCUGACACCUCUGUCCUCAAGCCCGCUGAAGAAACCCAAGAUUUCUAUAACUCCAUCCAAUUUCAAAGAUUUUAUUAAGGAGGUCGCUAGACCAGACCCCAGUCCAGAAGCCGAGGCACCACAGGCAGCCCCUGUUGAGGUUGUGGUCGAGACAGGGCCUGUGGAAUACGAGAAUAGGGAGAGACCUGGAGCCGAGGAGCCACUGGCCGAAGAUUACUAUGACGAGGAGGAGGAGGAGGAGGGGAGUCACGUGAGCGCAGCUCAGCUCAUGGCCCAUAUCUAUAAUGACGGUUUGGAAGACGAGUAUGGCGAGUAUGAAGAAGAAUAUUGAUCGAACAUUGAUCCGUGUGAGAUCCGCCGGAUAUGGUAGCCCCUCUAACGUCAAGAUGUAGCCCUCUUCGUUCUGUAGCUGAUCUUCUUCUUAUCGAACUUUGGCGUCAGACGCCAUUCAGCUUUGGCUGAAUAUUUUGUCCAACAAACAGCUUGAUAUCCUCUGUUUUGGUGUGAGGAGUUUUCCAAAUUGAUAGAUCUAUUUACAAAUAUACAGAUAUUUAUUAAUUAAUAGUUUGAACGAACAAAAAAAAUUGUAAGCGGUUCAGCUUUUAAAAUAAACGAGAAGUAAACAUG